AUGGUGAAGAUCUGCUGCAUCGGAGCUGGCUACGUCGGCGGCCCAACCAUGGCCGUCAUUGCCAUCAAGUGCCCGGCGAUCGAGGUUGUUGUCGUCGACAUCUCCAAGCCCCGCAUUGACGCCUGGAACAGCGACACCCUCCCCAUCUACGAGCCCGGCCUCGACGACGUUGUCAAGGCCUGCAGGGGCAAGAACCUCUUCUUCAGCACUGAUGUUGAGAAGCAUGUCGCCGAGGCCGACAUCAUCUUUGUGUCCGUGAACACCCCCACCAAGACCCGCGGCCUGGGAGCCGGCAAGGCCGCCGACCUCACCUACUGGGAGAGCGCCGCCCGGAUGAUCGCCGACGUGUCCAAGUCGGACAAGAUCGUCGUCGAGAAGUCCACCGUGCCUGUCAAGACCGCCGAGGCCAUCGAGAAGAUCCUGACCCACAACAGCAAGGGCAUCAACUACCAGAUCCUGUCCAACCCGGAGUUCCUCGCCGAGGGCACGGCGAUCGAGGACCUGUUCAAGCCCGACAGGGUGCUCAUCGGCGGCCGGGAGACCCCCGGGGGCCAGAAGGCCGUCCAGGCCCUCAAGGAGGUGUACGCCCACUGGGUGCCCGAGGCGAACAUCAUCACCACCAACCUGUGGUCGGCCGAGCUCUCCAAGCUGGCCGCCAACGCGUUCCUGGCGCAGAGGAUCUCGUCCGUGAACGCCAUGUCGGCGCUGUGCGAGGCCACCGGCGCCAACGUGUCGGAGGUGUCGUACGCCAUCGGCAAGGACUCGCGGAUCGGGCCCAAGUUCCUGAACGCCAGCGUGGGGUUCGGCGGGUCGUGCUUCCAGAAGGACAUCCUGAACCUGGUGUACAUCUGCGAGUGCAACGGCCUGCCGGAGGUGGCCAACUACUGGAAGCAGGUGAUCAAGAUCAACGACUACCAGAAGAGCCGGUUCGUGAACCGGGUGGUGUCGUCCAUGUUCAACACGGUGUCCGGCAAGAAGAUCGCGGUGCUCGGGUUCGCGUUCAAGAAGGACACGGGCGACACCCGGGAGACGCCGGCGAUCGACGUGUGCAAGGGCCUGGUGGGCGACAAGGCCCAGGUGAGCAUCUACGACCCGCAGGUGACGGAGGAGCAGAUCCAGCGGGACCUGGCCAUGAACAAGGUGAGCGUGGUGUGGGACGCGUACGAGGCCUGCAAGGGCGCCCACGGCGUGUGCAUCCUCACCGAGUGGGACGAGUUCAAGAAGCUCGACUACCAGAAGAUCUUCGACAACAUGCAGAAGCCGGCCUUCGUCUUCGACGGCCGCAACGUGGUCGACGCCGAGAAGCUCAGGGAGAUGGGCUUCAUCGUCUACUCCAUCGGCAAGCCGCUCGACGGCUGGCUCAAGGACAUGCCCGCCGUGGCCUAA